AUGAGGUCAUCGAGAAGCCGGAUCCUAAGUUUACAGACCGAUGAAAUUUGGGAUGUCAACGAAAAGGCUUCGGAAUCAUGGUCGAGAUUCUUGAAAGUGAAUAAUCCGAAGAUAGUCAAUAAUUUCGUUGGUCUGCUCAAGUCAUCAUUGAAAUGCACGUAUUGCUGCUAUUCCUCAGUGACGUUUGAUCCCCUUUGGGAUUUGUCAUUGUCAAUACCACAGCAAAAGCGCAAAAUCAGUGUGUUUCAGUGCUUGGACUCAUUAACCAGAGAUGAGUCUUUGGAUGGCGAAGACAAGCCUACUUGCUCCAAAUGCAAGGAAAGGCGAAAAUGUAAGUCAUUAUCUAGUCAGAGGUUCCCUGAAAUUCUUGUCAUCCAUCUGAAACGUUUACCGCUGGAUCGGUUCGUAGAAAAACUGAACGUCUUAGUUAAUGUACCUUUAGACAGACUGGAUAUGAGUCAUUACGCUGCCGAUGGAAGUGUAGCAUUCCACUACGAUCUUUAUGCUAUCUCGAACCACAGCAUCAGUGGUCACUAUACAGCCUACUGCAAACAUCCGUACUCUGGCACGAAUGCAACGAUAGUCGUGUUUCAAAAAUUUCAUCAGAUUUGA